CUUUCUGGUAGCAGGCAGCCAUCUUGUCUGGAGCCUGACAGAGGAAGAAGCGAGACCGAAGAAACGGGUGACAGUGGUCUCCAGGCCGCCCCGGGGGGCCUCAAGAGCCGGAGGCAGCCCCGGAGGUGGUCCUCGAUCCUGGGCUAUUCUCUUGGACCCGAGAAGGGAAGGCGGAGGGCGGCGGGGGGUCAGAAGAGCGGGGACUGUCAAACAAAAAUUGCUGGGUGGGGGAAGGGGGCGUUGCUAUGGCGACCCGGAGGGGCGGGGUCAGGUCUGAAUCGGGGCUGUGAGCCACCUCGGGCUCUGUCUAGGCAGGGUAGUUCAGGGGUGAUGACCAUGGUAACAGUCGGGUGGGAUUUCGUGACAUGCCAGCUUCACGGGACUCCGUUUCUAUGGCAACUGUCAUUUGGCGGAACGGGCAGAACUAGAGCUCUUCGCCUGGGACGCUGACAUUCCAGGCAUUUCUCCUGCAGGCUUCCGCGGGCUGACACGCCAGAGGAGGAGACCGGGGAAUGGCCGCGGUGUGGCAGCAAGUAUUAGCAGUGGAUGCGAGGUACAACGCAUACCGCACACCAACGUUCCCACAGUUUCGGACCCAGUAUAUCCGCCGGCGCAGCCAGCUGCUCCGGGAGAAUGCCAAAGCUGGGCAUCCCCCAGCCCUGCGUAGGCAGUACCUGAGGCUGAGGGGACAGCUGUUAGGCCAGCGCUACGGACCCCUCUCUGAGCCAGGCAGUGCCCGUGCUUACAGCAACAGCAUCAUCCGCAGCAGCCGCACUACCCUUGACCGCAUGGAGGACUUUGAGGAUGACCCCCGGGCCCUGGGAGCCCGCGGGCACCGCCGCUCCGUCAGUCGUGGCUCCUACCAGUUACAGGCACAGAUGAACCGUGCUACCUAUGAGGACAGGCCCCCUGGCAGUGUGGUACCCACAUCAGCAGCAGAAGCCAGUCGGGCCAUGGCUGGGGACACGUCACUGAGUGAGAACUACGCCUUUGCUGGCAUGUACCAUGUUUUUGACCAGCACGUGGAUGAGGCAGUCCCAAGGGUGCGCUUCGCCAACGACGACCGACACCGACUGGCCUGCUGCUCACUGGACGGCAGCAUCUCCCUGUGCCAGCUGGUACCCGCCCCACCCACCGUGCUCCGUGUGCUGCGGGGCCAUACCCGCGGGGUCUCCGACUUUGCCUGGUCCCUCUCCAAUGACAUCCUUGUGUCCACCUCACUCGAUGCCACCAUGCGCAUCUGGGCCUCUGAGGAUGGUCGCUGCAUCCGGGAAAUCCCUGACCCCGAUGGCGCUGAACUGCUCUGCUGCACCUUCCAGCCCGUCAACAACAACCUCACUGUGGUGGGGAAUGCCAAGCACAAUGUGCAUGUUGUGAACAUCUCCACGGGCAAGAAAGUGAAGGGUGGCUCCAGCAAGCUGACAGGCCGCGUCCUCGCUCUGUCCUUUGAUGCCCCUGGCCGGCUGCUCUGGGCGGGUGAUGACCGUGGCAGCGUCUUCUCUUUCCUCUUCGACAUGGCCACAGGGAAGCUGACCAAGGCCAAGCGACUGGUGGUGCAUGAGGGCAGCCCCGUGACCAGCAUCUCCGCCCGCUCCUGGGUCAGCCGUGAGGCCCGUGACCCCUCGUUGCUCAUCAACACUUGCCUCAACAAGCUGCUGCUCUACAGGGUGGUGGACAACGAGGGGACCCUACAGCUGAAGAGGAGCUUCCCCAUUGAGCAGAGUUCCCACCCUGUGCGCAGUAUCUUCUGCCCACUCAUGUCCUUUCGUCAGGGAGCCUGUGUGGUGACGGGCAGUGAGGACAUGUGCGUGCACUUCUUUGACGUGGAACGGGCGGCCAAGGCUGCCGUCAACAAGCUUCAGGGCCACAGCGCGCCCGUGCUUGACGUCAGCUUCAACUGCGACGAGAGCCUGCUGGCCUCCAGUGAUGCCAGGGGCAUGGUCAUCGUCUGGAGGCGGGAGCAGAAGUAGGGUUGUGCUCGGCCCUGCUCCUGUCCCCGCCACCAGCUUUGUGUUGUGAAUAAAGUGUCUGUGGUGGUGGUGAGGACCAGCUCCCGGGUGUCCCGGGAGGCAGCACUGCAGAGCCCACAGCUCCAGGA